CCAAAGCGUCAAAGCAAGCAAUUUCAAGCAAACGAUAAACGAGAAAGCGUCCGUCACAUCAUGUUUGGCUAUUUUCUAUUACUAGAGUAAAACAACGUUUAUUUGAAAUAUUUCUCUUCCUUAUUAGUUUGACUAUAGAAACUCUGUAAUUUAAAACUGCUGUUAAAGUAUUGAAGCGUGAUCUUAAUAGUUUUGUGUAAUUUUGUUAUGAUAAUUUUGUGAUGUGGAAGAGCUACUUUAUAAGUUGUUCAAAACAUUGACUUGUUUCUCUAUAAAAAAAACUUUUUAACAUCUAAUUAAUUGAAAUUCUAUUGUAAAAGUGAAACUAGACUAUUGUAAUUUAUUUUUAUUAGAAGACACGAAUUGUUUAUAAAACUCAACCUAGAGGAAAAGUAUCUGCUGGAAACUGUCGGAGACACCAUGAGUGUUGUGUUUAGAGCAUUUAGGACGAGUUGCAACUAUUUCAUAAUAGUGCUACUAUCGCAUUUGCGGUGCAGUACUUGAAUAUUUGUGCUGUGGUGGUAUAGAGACUAGUGCAAGAUGAGGAAGUUUAGGUAAAGUGUUAAAUCAUCAACCGUGGAGCAUCUGGUGGGAGGCGGUGGUGCGGGUGGCUUGCUGCCCGGCGCCUCGCCCGCCCAGCAUCCCUCUAAUAUGCUACAGCCCAUGGAAGAAAUGAUUAUCCCUCCAAAACGCCAGGCUGUUGUGGAUCGUUUGCGACGCAGAAUUGAAACGUAUAGAAGGAGGCAAUCAGAGUGCGUGCCCAGAUUUGACCAGUCCUUUACCGGUGCAUGCGAACAACAGAAUUUGGAAACAAGCGCAUUGCAGAAACGUUUUCUGGAGGGUAAAGCGAAGCGGCAAGCGAAGAAGAGCGAUCGCAAACCUGACUUGCCGGCCCUCAGUGGUGUUCACAGCAGUGUACAUGUGCAACAAAAGUUUGGAUGCGGUGAUUACGAGCCACCAGCGAAAUUGCAGUGCGUCGGGGGAGGGGGUGGAGCAGGCGAGGCACUCACUAAAUUCUCUGUAGAAAUAGUGCAACAAUUAGAGUUUACGACUUCCGCAGCGGACUCGCACCCGCAACAAAUCUCUACCAAUGUUACGGUGAAAGCGUUAGCGAACGCAGUGAAAACUUCCAAUUCACCACCACCGCAGCAGCCUCCUCCCAGAGCGCCUACACCUCUGGACUGCGAGCGUGAAUGCAAGGCUGAAUGCAAAUCUGAAGUAGCAGAUGAUGAAUUCGUUGGACUCGACGAAUGCGCGGCCGCCCUAGAACGUGAUGCCGCGUCUGCCUUCCCCGUCUUAGCUGAUCUCAUCGGCGAAGAAGAUGGUGACGAUACCUUUGAAGAUCUCAUUACGGAUAUAUCGGGGUAUUCAGAGUUUAUGAAGGAUUUCGAUCUCGAUGGCAGCAAGCUAAAUGGUGUUGGUAUCGGCUUGGAACCAUCAGAAGGAGAGCCAGCGCCGCGGCCGUAUGGCGGUGGUGAAAUGUCGCCCGCCGCGCAAACACUCAAACAUAUGGCUGAGCAGCAUCAGCAAGCAGCAGGUGGUGACUGGGCCCGUUAUCGAGGAUACGGUGGCUAUCGCCCACGACCAGCGCCGCCGCCCAUCGACCACUUACACAUGUCGCAGCAGCAGCAGUUACAUUUAUCGCAACCACACCAUAAUCUCCAGGUGUCGGCAGCACAGCACAUGCAAGUGAGCGGCGCGGGGGGCGGCGGCGGGCACGUGUCGGUGGCGGCGCAGCAGGGCAUGUACGCAAGUUUCCAGCACCAGGGGACGCCCUCGCCGCAACAUCAUCAAGGUAGCGGAUGUGAAUCAUACUCCAUGUCACAGUCGCAGAGUAUCAAUUUUUCUCAAGGAAUGCGCAAUCGAGCGGCAGGGACCGCACAGCAGACCAACACGCCCGGCCCUGGUCCUCCACCGCCACUUGGUGUCGCAGCGGCGGGUCUCUCUCGUGAACAACAAGCGAAGAUGCUACAACAACAGCAACAGCAAAUGCUGCGAGCGCAGCAGCAGCAGAUGCGACCACCGCCGCCGGAGUACAAGGCGCGGUUCGUGGGCGGCGCGGCGGGGGGCGCGGUGGGCGGUGUGGGGGUCGGCGUGGGGGUCGGCGUGGGGGUCGGCGGGGGGGUCGGCGUGGGCGGCGUGGGCCCUCGUCGGGCGGCGGCCGCGCCGCGACCCUUCCCACCGCACUCGCGCCAGUACUCACCCGAGUGGCGACACGUCCUCAUGCAACAGCAAGCCGCGGCUAGGCAGCAAUUUCCUCACCAUCAUCAAGGUUUUGGUAUGGGAGCCAUGGGUGGUGGUAUGACCCAACAACAGCAAAUACAGUUACAGCAAGUUCGUUUACAACAACAACAAUUGAUGCAACAUCAACAACAGAGGACCUCCAGCCAGCAGCAGUCUCCAAUGUCACAUUUAAUUAUGCAACAGAACCAAAUGAUGAAUGUUCAAGGACAGAUGCCAAAUAUUAAUAUGAGUCAAUCUCAGAACAUGUCGAUGCAGCAGGGUGGCAUCGCCGGUAUGGGUAGUGCGCAUCAGGGUAGUCCCAUGCAAAAUGGACCUAUGCAGGGGCAAGCUGGACCAAUGCACGCGCAAAACAGCCCCAUGCAACAACAGAACUCCAUGAUGUCACAAAAUGGACCCAUGCAGACCCAGAAUGGUCAACACUCAUUCCCUUCCCUCCAUAACACGUCUUCCUUUACGGGACAAACAGCCGAAUUCAACCUGGACUUCCUUGAUAACAUGCCUUCCACGGACGCCAGCAAUCUCACCGCACAGGAAUUAUUGAAUUCUCUUGACAACUCCUUUUUGAAUGGCAUUCUUUAAACACGUUAGAUGUUAACAAAGUUAUCCUAAAAAUUUAAUCUAUUUAUAGUCAAUUGGUAUUAAGUAUCCUAUUGGAUAUGUUUAUAUUCUGAAAUGGUUUAAAGCAUUCAAAAAGAAAUAUAUGACCAAUCUGUAACAUGUAUGACCAAAGUUUUCAAACAGGAAUUUAACAUCAGAUUUUAGUGUGGCUAAAUUAUAGAAUAAGCUAUGAUAAACUCUUCCGACUUCUUUUAGUAUUGGCAAAUGCAUUGUUUUAUAGAGUAUUUAUUGUGAAAAUAUCCAUUUCAUAGUAUUUAUACUUAAGAUUGUUAAUAUUUCUUUUGUAAAUAUUUUAUAGUAAUUUUAAGAUGUUUGUUUAAUAUUAUGAUAUCAGUGAAAACAUAACGUCAGUGUAGUCAAGGUAUUCCCACGCCAUUGACGCGAUUGGAAUGCAAUAUUUUAGUUCGCCGACAGUAGAUUAUCGCAUUUUAAUACAGAUAAAUUACUGUAGUGGUAAGAUAUAAAGCACAAAAACAAUAUAAUCCACUAUUUUAACAAUAUUGAAUUGAAACACUGUUCAAUUUUAUGCAAGAUAAGUGUCACUAUUGGGGCAAUAGUUAUAUGUAUAUAUAUA